GGGUUCAGCUCUCCUUGACAUGCGCAGUGAGCGCGCUGGGCUGGAGAGAAAGCGGAAGUCUCAAGUGAGGAAGCGCCGGCCGCGUAACUAAGAUGGCGGCCUCCGUGAGGCGCUGCGCCGCGGCCUGGCUGGUCCCCGCGGCGGGGCUGCUGGCGCUGCUGGCCGGCCCGGGGGCGCUGGGCAAGCGGAGUGACGUGAAGACGCUGACGGACGAGACGUGGCGGGAGCUGCUGCAGGGCGAGUGGAUGAUUGAAUUUUAUGCUCCCUGGUGUCCUGCCUGUCAGAACUUGCAGCCUGAAUGGGAAAAGUUUGCUGAAUGGGGGGAAGAUCUUGAAAUUAACAUUGCAAAAGUGGAUGUCACAGAACAGCCAGGUCUGAGUGGGCGAUUUGUCAUAACGGCACUUCCCACUAUCUAUCAUUGUAAAGAUGGAGAGUUUAGGAGGUACCAAGGCCAAAGAACUAAAAAUGACUUCAUAAAUUUCAUCAGUGACCAAGAAUGGAAGUCUGUUGAACCAGUUUCUUCUUGGUUUGGUCCUUGCUCUGUCCUGAUGAGCAGUAUGUCUGCUUUGUUUCAGUUGUCCAUGUGGAUCAGGAAUUGCCACAAUUAUUUUACAGAAAAUGUUGGUAUGCCAGUUUGGGGAUCGUAUGCUAUUUUUGCAUUGGCAACUCUGUUUUCAGGACUGAUACUUGGACUUAUCAUGGUAUUUUUAGCAGACUGUCUCUGUCCAUCCAAAAGGCACAGACCGCAGCAGCACCACUAUCAAAAAAAAUUAGCACCAGAAUCAGCCCGGCUCUUGAAAAAACUAGAUGAAGAACAAGAAGCAGAUGAGGAGGAUCUUUCAGAUGAUGAAGCAGAGGAUAAAGAGUUAACAGACAGAAACUCUUCAACAAAUGCUGUAAGACAGCGUCCUGUGAAUCUUGCUGCUGCCACAGAUAAAUCAUAAGUUCCGUGUACUUGAGGGUUUCUUGAGAAACAAAAAGGGUGGAAUGUACCAGAACCUUCUGCUUGAAGAGAGGUGGAACUCGUAUUGCUGUAGUGUUCGCUCAUCACUUUCAGAGAAAGCUACCUUUAAAAAGGUCUCUGUGGCAUCAGGUAUUCAAAGCUGAAACUUGAUAUUGCAAAUGGGGAAACCCAAUACCAUAUACGUGUGGAUUGGUGCUAAGAAAUAGUUUGUAUGACUUCUGAAUGACUCAUUCUGUGGCUGAGUUGUACAAAAUGCAAAACCAGUGUAUUUGCAGUAUUAGAGAAUAUUAGCAAGGAAACUGCACUAACCUGUUUGUCUGCUAGAGCAUCUGAAAAGAUUUCUCAUUGUAAAUCUUUCCAGUUUCACUCUGAAGAAAUGCUGAAAAAAAUUCCUCAAGUUAUGGGACCUUAGCCCAAUUUUUGUGGUAAAAAUGUACUAUAAACUGUUUCCAGGUCACUGUUCUGUUAGAUAGGUAUGACAUUGACUGCUGCAAAAAAUUUCUUUACACCAAUAAUGCAAACUAAGGGUAUCCUCUAAUAAAAGGUAAGACUAAUAUGGGACAUUGGAGUCUUAAAACUGAACAGUGGCUUGUUAAUGCCAAUCAUGCAUUGGCCUGGUAUUCAGCAUUGCCCUGUUAUGAAACUUGCGUCUUCCCUUCUAAUGUGGACCAUAUUACUCUUUCCCCUCUCUUUUUAACCAAUUUUCAUCCUCUGUAGGUAAAUCUUAUAUGGCCCAGGCUGGAGGAAAAACGACAAAUAUGACUUAAAAAUUUGAUUUGAAGAAAUUUAAUUUCUUGGUGGCUUUUCUCCUUCUGAACUCUUGAGUGGAAAGGUAUUUUCUACUCUUGCAGUCAAAUAAAAAAUGCUUCAUUUUUUUUUUUAAUUUGAAUGUAUCCUCGAUAACUAAAGUAUGCGCAUGCGUUCUAGGUAGAGAAAUCAGGAUGCCUGAUCUUCCACACUCAAACAGAAACAGCACACUCUUUUGUGUUAAACAUUUAGUGUGAACAACUUCCGUUAAAAUAGUUACUCUUGCCAAGUCCUAAGCUGAGACAUUUCCAGAGUUGUGUUCAGAGCAUCUAAUUUUCUGCGUUUUUAUUGUGCAUAGGACAUUCAGCACUGUGUGCCAGCGUAGAGGCACAAGUUUUCUUUUCAAAUACCACAGGCCUUGUGUCUGCUUGCCUUCCAGGGCCACUGUAUGAAGCUACUGUAUUUAUUUUCACUUCUGCUGCAUUACAGCCCGGAUCAUUUUAAUCCUCUUAUUAAAACAAAUGGAAAGCCGGUCCUGAGGAGUUAAAGAAAUUAUUUCCAUAGGAAUGGUCCAGCAACCAUCUCUUUUCCAUGGUAGUAUGCACACUCCAUUCCUUGUGCUCUGAUCCAGUAAAGUGUUUGCCUGCUGCAUAUUAGUUUAAGGAGCUGUUUUUUUUUUAGUGAUGUCUCAUGGAAACAGAACCUUUAAUAAAACCUAAAAGGUAAUGUGCUAUUUAGAAAAAACUUUUAGAAAUAGUCCUAAGCAUUUUCUGUGACUAUUUAAAGCUUUUGUGGCUUUCAGUUAAGACAGUGAUGCUCCAUAUCAAUCUGUUGAAACGAGUAAUCUUGCUACAGUGUCUUCUGACUGCAUAGUCACCCUACUUUAGUCAAAGCUGAGAACAGCAAAGGCCAGUACCUAUAAUUAUUCAUCCGCAAAAUGAAGGUCCCUCAUGUACAUUGUGUAGCUAGUACGAAAUCUCUCUCUCGCAUUACACAGAAAUCUUGUCAGUUGCAUAGUCUCUUUUUAACAGGAGUAGAAGGCUCUUAAAUGCCCCAAAGGAGAUACACAAGUUCUGAGCUUCUCAAUUAAACGUGUAAUUCUUCUACUCUGAAAACUGAUUUCAGAUGGCAUCUGGCAAUUCACUGUCUGUCUCAAUGACUCCAGCUCAAACUGGCUUAGUUUACAAAUAGCAUUUUCUGCCUAAGUGCCAGUUCUAUCAGUUCAUCCUGCUGUAUGGAACGAAAGCUGUCCUGAUUCAACCGCAUCUUAUUAUGAGCAUGGUUGUGUGCCUAGUGUAUACUUCAAGGAACUCAUGUCACCUUGAAUGUGUUUUUUUUUAAAUUGACUAAUUUACAAAAAUUCAGUUUCUUAGGGUGCCAUUUUAAAUGCUAUGUCCUGAAAUUAAUAUAUAUAUUUCUCCUUAUCCUUCUAAGGGUUUUUCUGUUUUAUAAAUUAACAUAUUCUCUCUCUCUCUCCCUCCCUCUCCAUAUAUAUAUAUGGAGAGAGAGAGUGAGUAUAUGUUAAUACUGGAGUGAGUAUCUGUUAAUACUGGAAUUGUGCGUUAGCGAGCCAAAGAAAAUGAAGAUUUCUGUUGCUAACUUCUGAAGAGGUGUUUGCAAGUGAAAGAUUGCUGUAUAUAGUAGGUGCAACAUUUUCAAACAAAUGUGACUCAGUUCUUGCUGGUCCUCAUUUUAGUGAAUUUGUGGUGCUAGCAGAUUAAACAUCUUUGUCAUUUGCAAACAGUAAAUUUGGUCUGGAGCCACUGAGAGGCUGCACUAAUGGAAAUACUGAUGCCAUUUUUAAUUUUUCACUGCAAAUUGACACUCUGAAGCCAGAAAUGUGUUAACAAUAUUACUAAUUACUUCUAGCAGAGACCAACAGAGAACAAGUAGCUAUUAAUGAAUGUCCAAGGAAUGUGGAGUAGUU